CGAAAUGAAGCUUGAUUCUCUCAAUCCCAAUGGCUAUCCAUCUUUCUUUAUCAUCUACAAGCCAAGGGUGAAAAUCAGCUUUUUGUAUCUCUGGCAUUUGGUUUCUGCGCCCUUACUUUCCAUCAAGAAAACAUGUGAAUUUGAAUAUAGUCCAGAUAGACCCCAAGAAUUUGUUUAGUCAUAUUGAGAAACCAAACGACAAUCUAUCUCUUUAUUAAACUCAUACGUUUUUUUUUUUCUUUUCCAACAACUGAACUAAAACCAAAUACUCCGUAUCAUUCAGGAAUUGCUUAUUUAUGUUUCUUGAAGUUUUUUACUUGAUGUGACAAGCCAAACUAACACAUCAAAGAAGUCUAAUCAUCAUCAUGUAUGUUCAAAUUUCUUACUGUUCUAAGUAUGGGAACCGAUGAUCUUCCCUAUUUGUAACUUCUUCUGUACAAAAUACUUGCUGGGUUUCUGCAAUCAGUACAAAUGAAGGUUAAUCCUCAUGGCUACCCCUCGUUCAUGAAGACUUAUGUUGGUGAAACACGCUACUGGGAGAGAAUUCAAAUACCCUCUAAAUUUGUGGACACUCAUAAGAACAACUUGGGUAAAAGCACAUGGGUUCUGAAAACAGAAGAUGGAACAUCAUGGUCCAUGGAGAUCAUACGAGAAGGAACAGAAUAUUUCUUCGGCAGAGCGGAUUGGGAGAAGUUCGCAAAGCAUCACGACCUACGAUUCGGAGACCAGAUCAUGGCUUUUCUUGUGGGAAAUUCUGUGUUUGAAGUUAUGCUUUACAACCAAACUACUUGUUGCCAGAUUUUGAAUCCCAACCCUAACCACACUGCUAAUGAACCAUCAGAGAUCAAUGAAGCUUCAAAAAAUGGCAGGAAACACAAGAGGAAGUAUGAAUUUCGCAAGAAGGCAAAAAGUUCAGAUAUCAAAGAUGAAAUCUUUGACACCAAGAAUGUAAAGCAAGAAGAUGGGGUGCAGAUUAAUAGAUUCAGUACUUUUAAUCUCAACGCGAAAUGCCCUUACUUCGAAACCAUUAUAAAGAUGAGUCACCAGACUUUCAUGUGUGUUCCUAUGGAUUUUGCACGGGAGACGGGAAUAAUUCAUCAGAAGAGAAUCGAGCUGAGAGGCGAAAAGGGGAGGAGGGAGACAAUGCAGGUCGAGCGCUUACACAAUAGAGUCAAACUGAGCAAAGGCUGGAAGUCUUUUAAGAAAGCUAACAAAAUAAGGAGCGGAGACAAGUGUUCGUUCACUUUGGUUAAUCCCGAUUGUCUGUUUGUUAAAAAACUCCGCCACUAGAGCCGAUCAGAUAAGAAUAUCAUCAGCUAGCCAUGGCUGCCCAUGAAUUGAUGAUAACUGGAAGCUGUUGGCCCUCGUUUUCGAUCUUUUCUGUUGGUCUGUAUAUCUAAAUUCUGUUGGCAUUGUUUUUGCUAGCUUUUGGCUUUUGUUUGUUUUGACUGCAAAACAACCAUUUCGGUUACAAAUGUUGGAUUCAAUCUUUUUGUUCUAGCAGGUGUGCUUGUCUGUUCUUGUGGUUUAUGUAUGGAAGAUGGUUAAACUAGCUUUAUAAACAGUGAUUGAUAGAUUCCUAA